ACACUUCUUAAUAUUUUAAGAAAAAAAAAAAAACAAAACAAUUGCAAGUAGCCAUAAACAAAAGGAACAUUCCAUCAAACGAAGUUGCAAAAUAGGAAACGCGAACGAACGAGCGAAGCGCGGCGCGAUCCAAAGUGACGAAGGAAGCAUACGAGGGAACGCGAGCAGCCGCAUUCGGUCGCUUUUGGUCGCUUUUGGUCGCUUUCGGUUGCUUUCAUCUGCCUCCACCCGGCUCCACCGGCUCCACCGGCUCCACCGCCUCGAACGCCUCGAACGCCUCCAACGCCGCCAUCCUUUCCAACCACCCCCGUUCACCUCGGCCAACGCGAAACGAAGAGAACUAGCGGACGCAGCAGGACGAAGCAACUGACCCCAUUUAGAGACCACUCCCUUCCAUAAAUUAACCACUUGAGCAAAAUGAACAGUUCACCUGUUAUCGUCGGUGGUAUGAGAACCCCCGCCAGACGAAGACAGAGCACAGCAUCAGCAUCGAGCAAUUCCAAGCCGAGAGGAAGCAACAGUGGAAAUACCAACAGCAUCGUCAAGUUCUAUGGAGACGACUCGCCAGGAUUUAAAUUAACCCCCCAAACGGUCCUCAUCUCCACGCUGAUCUUCAUGGCGACCGUAGUGAUACUGCACAUUAUUAGCAAAAUUUAAAAAAAAAAAAAAAAAAAAAAGCACGCAUGUAUGUACACACGUAUGUACAUACGUACUCACGUAUGGGUGUGCAUAUGAAUGUACGAAGGAAGACCUUUUUGUUUCCAUCCCCCUGGGCAGAUUUAGGGGGAACUCUCCCUGUGCACAUAUAUAACGCGAA